GACUUCUACACCAUGAACUCAACUGUCACUGCCUCCACACAAAAAACAGAACGGGACUCACUUUUUAGUUUUGAUUGCAGUGCUUUGUGUUGCCUCUACAGUUCAGGUCUUCAUUGAACUGAAUUCCAGGCCAACAGAUACAAACAGCUGAAAUCCGCCAGAUAGCAGCAAAAUCAGCUCAGAGAAAUAAGGACAAAGAGAGCAAGAUGAGAAUGUUCUGUCUGUUGCUGGCAGCUGUUAUCAGCCCUGUGUUUACUGAAGAUUGGAGGGCCAAUGUUGUACAAAACCUUGAUGCCCUGGUCACAUCCUGUGUUGUGGUACCCUGUUCAUUCAGCCAUCCUAAAGAGAACCUGCCCUCCUCCAGACUCAGAGGGAUCUGGCAUUUUUCAACUGACAAAAGCAAACGCAUCUAUUACCAGGAUAUCACACAGGUCUUGGAAAACUUCAGGGGCCGCACAAGGUUGUUGGGACAUCUGGGUCAGGACAACUGCACUUUAGAAAUUACUGACGUUAAAGAUCAUGACAACGGCCCUUUCUGUUUCCGGAUCGAACUAGCACGAACGGAGACUGAUACAUCCACCGUUGACAAGUUCUCCUUUGUGGAGAGUUGUGUCACCCUCAGAAUGCUCCCUGAUCCUCCGAAACCUACACUGAGUCACCCAAAGACGGCCAUUCAAGAUCGUCCCUACAUUAUCUCCUGUUCAGUCCGCCAUACCUGCCCCUCCCAUGUGCCUAAACUCACAUGGAGUAGAGGCACAGCAGAUGAGAUAACAGAGGUCUACAAGGACACUGGUUUUGGCUACUGGGAGGCCCAGUCCAUCCUGACCAUCGUUCCUGAUGAGAAGGAUGAUCACAGUGAGGUCACCUGUACAGCACAAUUUAAUGGACAGAAGACAUCAUCUACAUCAUUGACACUCAAUGUAAAACGUACAGAAAACUACAACCACAUCAUCAUUCCCGCAGUGGCAGCGUUUGGUACAGCUGUGAUCUCUGCAGUCUUCUGCAUUUUCAUGGUGAAAAGAUACAAGACACGCAUAGCAGAGCUCCAAAAUCAAGAAGGCAGUGUGUGGAACCGCCUCUCCAGACUGUCUCGCAGGAGGAGAACCUAACAGCGAGAAUUGGAAAAAGGAACUC